GAGACAGGGAGGGAGCGCGCAGCCGCCGGCGGCAGAGCGGGAGGAUGAGCGGGGCGCUGCGGGGAGCGGCGCUGGCUGCAGUGAGAAAGACAUGGUGACUGUGAGUGGGAUCUAGUGUUCAUGGUUGAAAAGAGCUUUCCACACAGGAGUCAGCAUUCAAAAGGAGUGAGUGAGAUGAACUGUUUGGGUUAUAGUAUCUGAAAGGCUGAAUUAUUCUCUUGGAGAGACGUUCUAAAUGAGCCUGACCGAGACCCUGGAUCUGUGUGAAGAGGACUAAGGAUAUAGGAUGUCAACUGAGACAGAACUUCAAGUGGCUGUUAAAACCAGCACAAAGAAAGACUCCAAAAAGAAAGGUCAGGAUCGCAGUGAAGCCACUUUAAUAAAGAGGUUUAAAGGUGACGGUGUCCGAUACAAAGCAAAACUGAUUGGGAUAGAUGAGGUUUCUGCCGCACGAGGAGACAAGUUAUGCCAAGACUCCAUGAUGAAGCUCAAGGGAAUUGUAGCUGCGGCUCGUUCGAAAGGAGAACAUAAACAAAAAAUCUUCUUAACAGUCUCCUUUGGGGGAAUCAAAAUCUUUGAUGAAAAGACAGGGCUACUACAGCACCACCAUGCAGUUCAUGAAAUUUCAUACAUCGCAAAGGAUAUCACAGACCAUCGAGCGUUUGGAUAUGUAUGUGGAAAGGAGGGAAAUCACAGAUUUGUGGCAAUAAAAACAGCCCAGGCAGCUGAACCUGUAAUCCUGGACUUGAGAGACCUGUUUCAGCUCAUCUACGAACUGAAACAAAGGGAAGAAAUGGAAAAAAAGGCACAAAAGGACAAACAGUGUGAACAAGCGGUAUACCAGGUUCCUACCAGCCAAAAGAAAGAAGGUGUUUAUGAUGUGCCAAAAAGUCAACCUGUAAGUCUGCAGAAUGGAAACUUAUUGCUGGACAUUGAUGAAAGUCUUGUUUCAGUCACUCAGGCUGUUACCCAACUAGAGCUUUUUGGGGACAUGUCCACUCCUCCUGAUGUAACCUCUCCCCCAACCCCUGCUACUCCAGGUGAUGCCUUUAUCCCAUCUUCAUCCCAGUCACUUCCUGCUAGUACAGACAUGUUUGGUUCUGUACCUUUCAGCACUGCUGCCGUACCCUCAGGUUAUGUUGCCAUGGGAGCUGUUCUGCCCUCAUUCUGGGGACAGCAACCACUUGUUCAACAGCAGUUGGCCAUGGGUGCUCAGCCUCCAGUUGCUCAGGUGAUGCAGGGAGGACAGCCGAUAGCAUGGGGCCAACCUGGGAUUUUUCCUCCUACUCAGCAACCGUGGCCAUCUGUAGCUGGUCAGUUCCAACCAACUGCCUUCAUGCCAACACAAACUGUUUUGCCUUUACAAGCAGCCAUGUUUCAAGGUACCAUUGCUCCUAUAGCUACUGUUCCACCCACAAGUGAUUCCAACAGAUCGAGUCCACAGACAGACAGGCCCAGACAGAAAAUGGGAAAAGAAAUGUUUAAAGAUUUUCAGAUGGCUCAGCCUCCACCAGUGCCAUCAAGAAAACCAGAUCAGCCUUCCCUCAGUUGUACCUCAGAGGCCUUCUCAAGUUACUUUAACAAAGUUGGGAUGGCACAGGAAGCAGAUGAUUGUGAUGACUUUGACAUCUCUCAGUUGAAUUUGACUCCUGUGACUUCCACGACACCAUCUACAAAUUCACCUCCAACCCCUGCACCCAGACAGAGUUCUCCAUCAAAAUCAUCAGCAUCUCAUACCAGCGAUCCUGCUGCAGAUGACCUCUUUGAAGAGGGGUUUGAAAGCCCAAGCAAAAGUGAGGAGCAAGAGGCUCCUGAUGGGUCUCAGGCCUCAUCCAACAGUGAUCCAUUUGGUGAGCCAACUGGUGAUACUAUAAGUCCACAGAUCGGUAGCUAGAUAGCGCAGGUUGGGGAAGCAGAACCUCUCUACGCCCAGAUCAACAGACCUAAGAAAUAGCAUUGUUACAGGCUUGUGGUGCUCCAAGACUCAAACGAAACCCAACAACCUGGCAGGCCUUUGGCUUUCGUGCUUUGUUCUGAUUGAAUUUGUCUGACAAGGAGAGAUGAUUGCCCUCCUGGACUGGCUCUACGAGUGUUCCUGACAUUUUUGUUUUGGCAACCAACGGCAGAUUCCUAUGGCAGCACAAAAUAAAAACUCUCCCUGCUUACCAUACCAUGAAUCCAGCCUCAUCCCCCCAAGUCAUGGGUAUCCAGACUAGGAAAUAUUAUUCCUCGGUCUUCUUUUAAACGUGUGUUAUCUUCUGUAUGCCACAUAUAAAUAAUGAGCAUCUGAGAUUUCUUGAGUAUUAGACAUCCUUUUUCUUUUCAAGCAAAAAGCAGAGUCUGUAUGUAGCAGUGGCAUUAUCAUUCAACAGCCUUUUGGGCACAAGUCAGCACUUUUUAUGUCAUGGUGACAUGUUUUUCAUCAUCAUUUACAUCAGGCUGAUCCUGACUUUUUUUGUUUUGUUCCCUGUGAAGACAUAUUUAAACAACAAGAAAAAAAAUGCUGGCAGUGUCUUUUCUUUUAUUCUUUUUUUCUUCUUGUAUUUCUUAACUCUGUAGUUUUGUAUGAGUGACAGAUCUUACAGCAAAACACCUCCUGCGGAAAUGAUUCCUCACUCGAAACCACGGAAUGAAACUCGGUUGUUGACCCAUCCUGACUGAAAGUGUUGCCAAAUGGACCUUAAAGUUCUAGCGCAUCAUGAGGAAGAAAUGCUGCUUUCUGUUUGAAUACUCAUGCUGUGGGUAGAGAAAGGACGUCGAGUCCCACUGAGGCAAGACGAAAGAGUCAGUAUUUCCUAGGAAACUUUAAACAAAGUGCAGAAAAAGGAAUAUUUUUAUUUCUUCAGUAUCUUGCUGCUGUAAUGCUAUGCAGACAAGUGUUUUCUUCUCUGUGUGCCAUUUUUGAUGAAAAAAAACAAAGUCAUUUGCCAAAUAAUACUGGUCUGAUUCUGGUUGAGGGAUUUGGAUGAAGCGGACUUUACCAAUGGGACAAGGAUGGCAUGGAUUUUGGAAUAACAAACUGAUUCUGUGAUCAAAUUCUUCAUCUUUAUCACUUUUUUGUACAUCAGAAAAGAAAAAAAAAUUGAAUGGGAUUUUUAUUUUAUAACUUGAAAAAAAUCUUACUGUUAAACUCUUUAAAUGUUUAAGGGGAAAUGGCUUUAAGGAGUUUGAAUGAAAAUUGCCAUUUUUUAUGUAAAUAUAAAUGUUAUGAAAAUUCUUUUACUAAUGCCCUUACACAGUAGAGAAGGUAGCAAUCGCAGUGCUUGGGAGGUGUGGCAAACCCAGUUCGUGGUUCUCACGUCACAUACCUUUUUUUUUCACGUGCUUAUGAUAAUGGGCUGAAGCUCAAGUGCAUUUGCCAAAAGCAGUUGGCUCGCCAGCGACUAGUGAAAUUAAUGGGAACACAUGAUUUUAUGAUGUAGCGUUAUCACACGGACCAUACUCCACUUAGGAGAAGUCACAUUUCAUUGGCAUUCCUUUGAACCUCUGCAUAGAAGUCAUCAAACUGUUUACACACAGAACAAAAGAAUUUAAAACUUCCUUUUUUUACAUUUAUGAAGCGAAAGUGCAGUGUUUGGGUUCAUAUGUUUAGCACAUGAUUUUCAUAAAGAAUCUAUAUAUUUUUGCCCUACAGAGAAUUGUUAUACAGGUCAAAUGUGUUUUCCUGAUGUUCCU